GCAGCUGAACCGUAGAGAAUAGGAGCCGCCUGUUGGUGCCAGCUAAUGAACUGGGUCCCUUUUUUGCUCCCAAGCAUGAUGCUUCCCAUUAUUCUCCAAGUGGCCUGCAGUCUGUCCGGCUGGCUCUUCCUCUAUGCCAUCUUCUGCUCCUGGAAUGAGAAUCGGUCUUAUGAAUGGAGCUGCCGCCUGGUCACUCUGUUGCAUGGAGUGGUUGUCACCUUUCUCUCAGGUUACAUCGUUCUAGUGGAUGGCCCCUCACCUCUAACCCAUGCAGGGUCACCAAACACACCCCUGCAGGUCUGCGCCUUCUCCAUUGCCUUGGGCUACUUCAUCUUCGAUUUGAGUUGGUGCUUGUACUUCCAGACGGAGGGAAUCCUCAUGCUGGCCCAUCACACGUUGAGCAUCUGCGGCAUGGCGAUCGUGCUGGGGAUCGGCCGGUCAGCCACUGAGGUCAAUUCUGUUGUCUUCGUCAGUGAGAUCACCAAUCCAUUGCUGCAGGCUCGCUGGUUCCUGCGGGAGACGGGCCGCUACCACAGUUGGCUGGGGGGCAUGGUGGACUUCUUCUUUGUGCUCCUCUUUCUAGUGCUGCGGAUUGGAGCUGGAGCCUGGAUCAUGUAUGCUAUGGUUACCUCCCCAGAGCCCAUGUGGCUACUCAAGGUUGGAGGCCUAGCCAUGUACAUAGUGUCUUUGGGGUUCGUGGUUAAAAUUUGCAGGUUUGCUAAGAGGAAAAUGAUGAAGAAGUACAAUGCUUGGAAGAGCAGGAAGAGCAAGGACACAGGUCUUCUCCCAACAGCUAAUGGAGAGGUGACAGCUCAUUAACCAUGGAAUCGAAUAGGCCAUGGGCCUAGCCUGAGUAUAGGAGUCCUGGCUUGGGAUGUCCAGUCCUGCAAGAAGGAAGACGUCUACAUUAGCAGCCAUGUGAGAUGGACCAUGCAGCACUGGCUGUGAACUGCUAGUCUUGGAGGAGAAGGACUCAGCUGGAGCUGUGGGAACACAGAAGAAGCUAAUGGAGGAAGAGCAAAUUCCUUGCCAGUCUGACCAAGUCAGGCGCUAAUAUACUAACUCUCCUGUGCUGAUCCUGUCUCUAAAAGAUCAAUGGCACUAGAGCUCUUCAGUCUGUUUUGUGCAGUUGCACAGUCCCAGUGCAUUUUUUAACUCUUCCUCCUCAGAGCCAGUAUUUUUUUUUAUCAUGAGAGCCAGAAAGUCAGUACCUGGGGCAUCUGUGAGCUUCAUGGCUGUGACUCUGCAAAAGCCAUUUCACGUUUGCCUUACUUUCCCAAGCUAGUUUAUAGGAUAAUAAGAACCUCAAUGUCCAGCAUAUGUUGGGCUUAGUGUUUUUAGAGGAGACCUCAUUUUGGGAAGGGAAGGACUCCUUCUGUGUGUUGUCUGGUAGCUGUUAAUGAAAUACCUCUUCCUUAUUUUUCACCUUAGUUCAGGUAUGUCUGCAUCUUCAUGCAAACAGAUCCUGAACUUGUAGCAGUGUGAACAUCAGUGAUGUUGCUCUGGCAUUGCACUAGCAAAUGGAAAUUGAAACAGUUCCUGUUGUCUUGAUAAAUUUCCAGGUAGGGAAAUGUUCACGCGAUGCAAUCCUGUUUAUACUGUUGUCACUGCAAAACAAAGGAUUGAAGGGGAUGUGAAGAAUGAACCCCUCUCUUUAUAUACACGCACACAGGGUGCCCCAGUGGGAGAUUGCCCCAGGAAAAGGUAAUUAUAGGACAAUUUUGUCAGGGUGCCAGAUCUAUUCUGCAUAUAGACAGCCUCCAGAUAUUUGUUCAUAAGUGCUCCUCUCACAUGAGACUGCCAAGUGACUGGUUCCAGAGGCAGCGGCUAAAUGGUGGGGCAUUGUCUCUACGUUUCAGCGCAAUGUCGCUUGCAUUACACAGGUCCUUGCACUGUUGUACCCGAGGCCCCAGGAGCACUUGUCUUUAACUUCACUGACCUUGAGAGCAUGCGUUUGAUUUCCCUGAAACAUCCAUGGGUGGGUUAGUUUGGGCAGGUCAAAUUUCUGUCCUGCUGUAGAACCUCUCCUGUUACAGCCAAAGAACAAGUUUCUACAUCUUGGCUUUGGGUUGGUUGGUUAUGUUGGCCCCUACCAAAAAAAACCCCAAACCAACUCCUUGGUUUAUUCUUAUAAUCUUUUUUUUUAACUCUAGCAGCAAAUUAAAGAUAUUUAACCUGUCAGGAUGCUGCUUGGAGUGGAAUCGAGGCUAAAAUGAGCUCUCACAAAGUCUGUGCUGUAGCAGAACUGUGGGUGCUUAAAAAAAAAAAAAAGCUGUGUUGUUGCAGUGGGAACACAGCUCCUAGGUUGAUCAAGGCUGCACAAAUUAACUGGAGCCAUGUGCCUGAUGGCAGCUCGGCUUUAUGCUGUGGUUUGCCUGGUUCUCAGGGUAAACAGACUCCCAGGGGACUGGGACCCAGGGUAGCGAGGAAUGGAGAAUGUGAUAGUGGUGUGGGGUUAAUAGAUAAAAAGGCAGGGCUGCGGCCGGGAGAUAAUCUUCGGGUAGCGUAAGAAACUGCUGAAGUGAGAAGAAUGGAGAAUGGAAUGAAGGGGGACUGGAAGAAAAAGCAAAGGAUGAGGCAGCUUUGGGGCUGUUAAGCUGCACUCGUUAGGAUCUCAUGGCAGGUGUGAAUACAAGCAGAAGCUUCACAGAAAUGCAUGUAAAUACAGAUGCAAAGGAGGUGGAGCCUUUGGCCUCCUGGGAAAUUGCCAGGGCAGCCCUUGGUGAUGUCAAGGCAGUGUGUGACUGGACUAGCAUAAGGCAUUAACUUCUGCCUGAGUCACUGCUUUAUCACAGGUGCUAGAUUUGAGCUCUGUAAUUAAAUGCAAAAGAAAAAAAACCAACCUUUGUUUACUC